AUGGCGACCGGAUACUCGCCUGCAAGCACAGGGGUCGAUGGCACCUCAACGGCCUACAGCUACCCGUCUCAGUAUAGCGACGGCCAGCAUCAGCAGCACCAGCAGCAGUACAACUCUGGUCUCAUGGCGACCUCUGACUAUCAACAAAGCGGCCUCAUGGCAACAACAGACUAUCCUGAUGCCACAGCAGCCGCAAAGGCUGAAGCCAUCCAGGAUCAUCACCAGCAACAUCAGUCUCACGCGGGCUAUCCUCAGCAUAGCCACUCGCCUCCACUAGCCACGCCUACCAGCAGUGAAGGCCGCAUUUGCGGCCUCAGGAAAACGACCUUUUGGUUGAUUGUGCUGUCUGCCGUUCUGGCCGCCGGACUUAUCGGUGCAGCGGUGGCGGCAGGCAUCCUGGCCUCGCAGAACAGCAACGGUAACGGGAGCGCAGGCUCUGGAGCGGCCACGACUGCAUCAGGACCAGCAACGACCACAACUGCCGCGGUCUCGGCUUCGGCCUCAGAAUCGGCCGCAACAACCAGAAGCGCAACCUCGACGGCGUCUGCGACUGAUUUCACGGCCAUUCCGAUCCCGACGCAAGCGUCAUCCGGUCUUGGCGUCACGGAUCCCGGCUGCCCUGGUGUCAACGGCACCGAGUACACGGUCCCCGGCACGGAUCUCGUCUUCGAGCGCCUCUGCGGCGUCAACUUUGCUGGCAACGAUAUCGGCCAUAUACCGAUGACACGUAUGGAGGAUUGCCUCAUGCUGUGCGCCUCGCAGUACAUCAGCCCUCAGGGUGCGGCUGGCAGCUGCCUCGGCGUCGUAUGGGGGUACGGUGGCCGUCAGGGCACCAACGCUGCGUACUGCUGGUUGAAGUUCAGCAAGACGAUUCGGGAGGAUGUGGCAGACACGGAGACAGCGUGGCUCAUCCCGAAGUAG